GCCCCUUCUAAAAAUUGAUCCUUCGGUGGUCACUUGUCCUUAAAUUUGCAAAAUAAUACAUUCGGUCCCCGAAUCUGUUCGGUCCGUACCUAAUCUGACAUGCCGAACAGCUCGAUCUAGGCGCUCAAACAAUUUAUAAACAACACUGCACCUGAACUUAAUUAAAUGUAACCAUACCAUCUUCGCAACGCAUAUCACCAUAGCUUCGAAACCCACUCACCAGCCCUACACUAGUCCUGCCCAACAUGCCGAGCGAGCCACAAUACACAAUGCUCCUCUUUUUCAAGCGGAACCCAAACCUUACUCCCGCUGAGUUUAGGGAGUACUAUGAGGCCAAUCACGCGCCGAUGGUUUUGGAGAUCGCCAAAACUGCGAAGGGGCUGGUGUGUUACACGCGACGAUACAUCCAGCACGACGCAUCGGAUCCGUCCCAUGGCCAUCCAUUCACCGUCUUUGGACAACCAGCCCCAACAGUACCAUACGACAUCGUCAAUGAGGUGACAUUUCAGACCAGGGAGGAUGCUGCCGACUUCUCUAGAAUGAUGUACGAGACAGAACAUGCAACAAAGGUGCUAGAAGACGAGAACAAGCUCUUUAUUAGAGACCAGAUGAGGGGUAUGAUCGUCGAAACUCUUGUCUCUUGAUCAAUGGAGCACGAGCUGGAGUAUAUGCUCGUACGCAG